AGUCGACAUCGUGCAGCCAACCUGAACGGUCUCCUCGAUUGCUAUGCGAGAUUAUUAUUUGUUGGCGGAAUAAAGGGUAUAUUCCCCCGAUAGUUCUCUUAUCAUGGAGACCAUGGAGGACACCGAGACAGUUGACAUCACCUUCGUCUUCUCGGAGAAGUCCGUUCGGAUGGGCUUCAUAAGGAAGGUGUACACCAUCUUGUGCACGCAGCUCCUGGUUACCUUUGGUAUUAUAGCCAUCUUCGUGGGUGUGCCCGCCGUCAGUGACUACACCUACAACAACCUAUGGAUGCUCUGGGUCGCCAUAGGCCUGAGCUUCGCCCUAAUCAUCUGCUUCUGCUGCUCUGGCAACCUGAGGAGGAAGACACCGUGGAACUACAUUGCGCUGUCCGUGUUCACCAUCUGCGAGGGGUUCCUGCUCGGGGUCGCGAGCGCGCAUUAUCAGGGGAAGGAGGUCGCCAUCGCCGUUGCGACCACGGCGGCGGUGACGCUGGUGCUCACACUCUACGCUUGCCAGGUGAGGGGAUGGAGAGACAGUGAUGGAGAUCUAGUCGGCAACUGUAGAGCUAAACUCUGCCCACUUGCUCUCACAUGA